AUUCCGCUCUGUGUUCUCAUUGUUGAUGGCAAAGGAGUGUGUUGGUGUUCUAGUCACCGGAUGUGAACGCAAUAUAUCGUAAUUCCUCAACGAACAAAACACCCGUAAUGGUAAACGAAUAAUUCCUAGCUAUUUAUUUUUGUGCCCUGGGGACAUAAACCUCCAGUCUUAAUCUCAAGAACCAUGUAGUCUUCUAAAAUGAAACAUGUUCUGUAUAGAAAACAAAAAUAAAAUAAUAUUUUUGAAAAUAUAUUCACUGUAACGUUUUUGUCACCCAAGACAAUUAUGUCAGAAAAAUUAAAACACUUAAGCUGACAAGUCGGAGGAACUAAUUUACACCUUCCCUCGAUCUUACCGUUCAUGUGUGUUAUAUGGCCCAGGCCUAUGUUUUACUCAUAUUUGUUGGUUUGGUGGUAAUAGGAGCAGUAAACGAGUGCUUGCAGUUCGCCUAAUCUGUGAGACUGGGCAUUUGAAAUUUGUAGUAAUUCUGCAGUUACUUAUGGAAGGAAAUUUAUCAUUGUUAUGCCAUAGGAGCUCAGGUGUGUGUGAUUUAAACCCUUCCCUUUGCCCUGUGGCUGUAUGACCCCCUUCUGAGUUCAAGGUUCAAGGUCCAACUUCCGCCACACCCUUGAGGAUGGAAGAUGCUCCAACAUGUGGGGACAUGAGCAUUUCAGUGUGCAGAGCCAUCCAGGUGGAGUUCCGCGGUGCCUCGUGCUGGAACCGCCCUCGCAGCUCAUCCGCCGCUCCUCCUCCUUUAGCUAGAGCUGAGCUAAACUAAACCCGUGCGGCUCCGCAAGAGCAGGCCAAGACAAACGGAGGCAAGAUACACGGGAGCCGGCCAAGAGCAAGAGGGCGGGCAAGGUUGCCCAGUUAAAUAAAUAAAAGCUCCAGUAACAUAACACGAGAUCCGUGUUGAGAAGGACAGUGAGCCGACCUGUGGACUCGUACCUGACGGAUCACCUAGAACAGUGCUGUCCUUUUUAAUAUUCUCCACUAGCCGGCAACGACGGCGCCUUGUAUAGGAAGGCUGAGCUGGAGAGGCGAGCUCCGAAAGGGAAACACCAAUGGCUAUGCAAAAGAUAGCCUACGUAUAGGAGAGAGUGCGACUGGAUGACCGGACAGAGGACGCCCUGCGUAUCUGCAUCUGGGAAGGUAACCUACGCCGUCACGUCUGGAAGCAAAGAAAAACGGUAUGAGAGAGUCUGACGAACCACGCACUGCAAACGCCGGAUGCGGCAUGGCAAUUGACUAUAGUUUUUGGGGGAGAAUGCGUAAGUGAGGAGCUGUUCUGCAGUUUGAUGUGGACGGAGAGAAAUCCGACAGCGGAGUUCUUGACUUUACACGACCUUUUGGGGGCUAAGUAUCCCUUGCGAAGAAAUUAGUUAUUCUGGACCUCAUGCCACCGACAUGGGAAAUGUAAACACUCGGUUUGGAUUUUAAACUCCGUGUGCUACUCCUGUGGAAUUCGCUGGCAUGGAGUCCGUUGAAGCGGACCAAGAGGUGUCAGAACCCCCUAUUCACGGGAUCCAUGGACCAAAUCGAAUCCGGCCCUCCUCAUACCGGGCACUGCGCAGCGCCGUGUCAAGUCUUGCCCGCAUUGACGAUUUUUUCUGUGAGAAAAUCGGCUCCGGGUUCUUCUCUGAAGUAUUCAAGGUUCAGCACAGGAUCACAGGCCAGGUGAUGGCCCUGAAGAUGAACACAAUGGCCAGCAACAGGGCCAACAUGCUCAGAGAAGUGCAGCUCAUGAACAGACUGUCCCACCCCAACAUACUCAGGUUUGUUGGGGUGUGUGUACAUGAGGGACAGCUCCAUGCUUUGACAGAGUUCAUUAAUUGGGGGAACCUGGAGCAGCUGCUGGACAGCGACAUGUACCUGUCAUGGGCGGUGAGGAUGGGCCUGUCUCUGGAUAUAGCCCAGGGACUCCAGUACCUGCACAGCAAGGGCAUCUUCCACCGGGACCUCACCUCUAAGAACUGCCUGAUCCGCUGUGAGAACGGGCUCUUCAGUGCGGUGGUGGGGGACUUUGGCCUGGCGGAGAAAAUUCCAGACUACAGUGAGGGAACGGACAAACAACCCCUGGCUGUCGUGGGCUCCCCCUACUGGAUGGCCCCAGAAGUGUUGAGAGGAGAACUUUACAAUGAGAAGGUGGACGUCUUCGCCUACGGGAUCAUCCUGUGCGAGAUCAUCGCCCGGAUACAGGCUGACCCAGACUUCCUGCCCCGCACCGAGGACUUCGGUUUAGACGUGCAGGCGUUCCAGCACAUGAUUGGCGACUGCCCCCCAUCUUUCCUGGCCCUGGCUGUCACGUGCUGCAAUAUGUGUGCAGAGCAGCGGCCAUCUUUCGCGGAGAUCGUGAUAGAACUGGAGAAGAAAGAGAGGGAGCGAGAGAGGGAGGAGAAGAAGGAACUUGUCACUCAGGGCGAAUCAGGUACAGAGCCUGUUGCCCUUGGCGACAGCCCUCACCGAAGGAGGUCCCUGUGCCUCCCUGGAGACCAGCGCCUGUCCCGGAGCAAGUCGGACAUGCUGCCCCCUUCCACGCCGCCCCUGCUGGGGACCCCUGCACGGGUGAACCCCUUCUCCCUGCGGGACGAUCUGAACGGCGGCAAGAUCAAGCUCUUUGAUACGCCCAGCAAGUCGGUCAUCUCCCUGACCUUUACCCUUCCCCAGCCCCACGACCCCUGCGCCUCCCCCUCGAAGAGCGAGCCCCCCCGGGGGGUGCACCGCCGCUGCCAGUCCCUGCCCUGCACCCCUGAACUGAGCCGCAUCCCCAUACUUUCGGUGGCCCUCAGGGGCGACGAGACCCAGGGGCCCAUGGGCACCUUGGCGGACAUGGACUCCGAUAGCGUGGAGGAGGAGUAUGAGGAGAGGGGGGAGGCGCAGGAGGAGGUGCAUAAGGAGUCAACGGAGGCCCUGGAUCUACCAGGCGAUGACUCGGGGCUUCCCCUGGACCUGGAGAUGGUGUCCUUGGAGCGGCUGGAGGAGGAGGAAGAGGAGGUGGAGAGGGAGAGCGUGUGUCUAGUCGAGCCCAUGGACUGCACCUGCUCCCCCGACACACUAGAUGGUGCCAUCUCAGCUCCAUCAAAACCCCGCCUUGCCUCUACCUCCACCCUGCCCAAUGGCUGGGGUCCGCCCAACUCCAACGGCCCGCCCUCCCUCCCGCCGCUGCCCCACCUGGACAACAACAACAGCACGGUGGUGGUCAGCCGUCCCCUAGCCUGGGGGGGCAACGGGUACCAUGCCCCUCCCGGGUCCCCCGCUCCCUUCCCGCUGCCCAACUCCAGCAGCGCCGCCCUGGAGCAGGACGAGGUCAUUUCCUGUCCCGGCUGCUGCCUGGCGGGGCUGAGCUUCCCGUCAGUGUGUCUGCGGGGACCCCCCCGCAGGAACCCCCACCACCCCUACAAGAACCUGAACGGGGAUGCGACGCGGGGGCUGCUCUGCCGUGGUACCAAGAGCCUGGUCCCGCCCCCAACUCCCCCCGAGCCCGGCCUGUCCCUCCCUGAGGCUCAGACAUAGAGGGCGCCCUCUGCUGGACAGACCCUCUCAUAGCACUACUGUCAGUCUAACUGUAAAUACAAUGUAAUUACCUGCUUCCUAUCCCUACUGCCGUGCAGCAAAAAAUGGGGAGUAUUAAAAGUGGGUUGGGUAUAUUAUUAUUAUUAUUAUUAUUAUUAUUAUUAUUAUUAUUAUUAAUAAUAAUAAAUGAGUUAACUGUUUUCCCCUUUGGUAUCACAGAAGAAAAAGUUAAAUGAAAGAAGUGUGCAGUUCUAAUAUUCUAUUGUGGUUUUAUCACUUAAAUAAAUAAAGUGAUUUGCGAAUACUGUAUUUUCUACAUCUUUUACUGUAACACACUGCACUUAUUGAACAGUAUCAUCUGAUCUUUUUCAGAUUUUCUCUGGCUUACUAGUUUGUUGCUAAGUUCUCCGGUAAAACCCACUACCAAUGUAAGAAGUGCACACGUAACCUUGAUAAUCUAAAUACUGAGUCUUAAACUUGUGACAUAUUCCUUUAUGGGGGGAGCAGUACUUUCAAAAGCAAUGUUAGUUUACCAAUUGUCUAGUUUACCCUUGUACCAAUCCAGAAAUGCAGACUCUGAAAAGCUAACAAACUAUAUCCACUAACUUUAGACAUGUCUCUGCAGUAGCUAGGUCAGCUAGCUGGCGAAUUAUUUCAUACAUUACCAAAAGAGGGGAGGAAAUGGCUGAAGAACAGUUGCUGGACAGCUUGUUUGGAGAAUGUGUUUCUCAUUUUAGAAAUGAAAUAUUACCCUCUCCCAGUGUGCAGAGGACAAGAUGAACUACUAGAGCUGGGCACAUUGAAAAGUGAAAGAUAAUUUUAAGAAAUGUGAAUUUAAUAUUAUUUACUAGGCUGUACAGGUCGCCUCAGCUAUGUAGCUGUGGUAAUGGUCCCAAAGGUGAUAUUGAGUUGUUUUCUGUGAUGACUUUCCACAGUAUCAUUAAUGGCAAGUGUUUUUUUAGAUUAUACUAGGGGUUUGUGAUACCAAACAAGGGGAUAUUCAUUUGGUUCAUCUGUAUUACAAUCAUUAUCAUCAUCAUUAUUAUUGUUGUUAAUAUUAGUGACACUACCUUUUUGACUGUGUGGGUCAGAUCUGAUGUUUGUCUUUAACGUACAUGUGGUGCUAUGGUGAUGUGGUGCUCACAUUGAGGGCAGUGUGCUUGGCUGUAUGUGAGGUGUGUGUGUGCGUGUGUUCACGUAUGUCUGUGCCAGUGUGUGCACGCAUGUGUGCCUAUGUCUGUGUGUGUGUGUGUGUGUGUGUGUGUGCGCGUGCAUGCACGUGCAUGUGUUUGUCUGUCUGUCUUUCUGUGUGUGUAUGCAGGUGCUUGCAUGCGUGUGUGUGCGUGCGUGCAAGCGCACGUGUUAUGAUCUCCGUGUUGCUCCUAUCCCUGAUCUCUCUUGCUCUGAUGGGAGUCAGUGAGCACCUCCCAUUUGAAGGUGAUGAAGGCCAGCCGGGAUGGAGGAGGCAUAAACCCUGCUCAUUUCCUGCUAGCUGCUCCUCCUGGCGAGGACUCGCCUGUGACUCACACUGAUCUGAGAUCAGCCCUGCUGAAGGGAGCAGCUUGUGUGCAGCGUCACUGCGCCUGCCUUCUGAAACAUAUUCAAUGAACUGCCCUAAGUGAUCAUUUUCAAUUUAACAGAAUUAAAAAUAGUAUUUUUAUAAAGAUUGUUUUACAAUGCCUUCUGCAUAAUAAUAACAACAUUAUUAUUAUUAUUAUUAUUAUUAUUAUUAUUAUUAAUAAUAAUAAUAAUAAUAAUAAUAAUAAUAAUAAUAAUAAUAAUAAUUAAUAGAACAGGUGCUCUCCCAGCCUACAGUGGUAUUUAUCAUCUUUUCUGCUCCUUGUGGGUUCAUGCAUGCAUGUGUAUGUCUUCCUGUGCAUCUAUUCAGUUCUGUGAAUGAGAUAUCAAUCCCAGUUUGGUUUAUGCAUUUUCUCCAGAUCCCCACUAGCUGCUCGUGUAGAGUGUAAGUUUGAGGGUCUGUGUGCGUGUAUGUGGGUGGGUGUGAGUGUCUGUGCUGUAUGUUUGUGUGAGUGUCUGUGUGCGUGUGUGAAUGUUUGUGUGUGUGUGUGUGUGUUACUCGUGAUGGCAGUCUGUGUUGUUUCAUGCGUACUGCGUACUUAGAAAAUGGGGGGGCGAGGUGACAUUGAGUCUUUUCUAUGUUCUGUGUUAUCUUUCAGACAAUAUGUAUGAUAUAAGGAAAUGGAAAGUGAAAUGUAUAUUUUGUUACUAGAAUUUUUAUUCUCCAUGGACUGAUUACUGUACAGAGUUUUUAAGAUUUUGCUUGAUGCUUUUAAUGCCCUUGGAAACUUGUCAUCUGUCCAAAAGUGUGUUUGUCUCCCCCUGGUGGAAGGAGGACCCUGGUUGAUGAGGCCUGGCUGCUUUUGUGUGGUUUUCUGUGUCUGGUAGUCAUGGUAUAUCUGAAAUGCUAAAGGAUUUGGCAAAUUAUAUACCUAUGCAUGUGGGGGAUAAUAUUCAGAGCAAUCAAAAUCUAUUUAUGGGAAACUUGUAUAUGCAUAAAUAUAUACUAGUGCAUGAACUUUACAAACCUCUGCAUCAAACUCAUUCCCAUCUUGGUUUGUUAUUAGACGACACCAUCUUUUUUAAUGCCCACGCCAAGUUCUGCACAUUGAACAACAUACAAACGUGAUUGGUUCAGAAAUCUCCCACCAAAGGCAUUGCUGCUGUCCAGUGUGUUAUGGACAAGCUUGAUCUUUGCAUUUUGAUGUGGAUAAAAUGAACAUAGAAAACCUGUUCCCUAGACAUGCACACAGUAGGUAAAUGAAUUAAAAAUGAAUUCCCAGAUGUCAGUUUUGUAAGGUUUAAUCUGCUCGGAAUUCUACCAUCCAGGCCCUGGCUGUGUGUCUGUCACUAAAUAUACAACGUUGCACGUUCUGAUGUUACUGGACUGGGCCACUGAACCUUCUGCUUCACUGGCCAGUGACAUGCCAGAUUUGCAGACUCUACCACCUAGAUAACUCAACUGCAUCCCUAAACAUCUUGCAUCACUGAGUAGACUGCACCGCAAAAUAUGGCAGUUUAGCAGGCUGUACCCUUUAAAGUCCCACAUUGCCUGGACUUGACCCGUAAGUAAUGUCCUACAUUAACUGGACUGGACCGUACCCCCUGACCCCCUAAAUAUGCCACCCACCCACUUAUUCUGGCUGUCCUGUAUCCUAAAUGUACUUAAAACCCCAACAUUUCCUACGUUUGCGGAAUCCGCAAAAUGGUGUCUCUCUCUCCCCCAUUCUAUCCCCCUGGUCGUUCCCCUCCAUGUGGUAUGACACGGAAUGCUGCUGCUGAGUUUGUUAAAAGGCUCCUCUGCUGAUCAGGCAUGGCUCUCUCCCAUUGGUGCUCUGGUCUGAGGAAGCUCAGUGCGACCGAUUCACACGGCCUGAAGCCUGUCACUGCCAGAGACCUCCCUGCCCUCUCCUCCAGCACUUGCUGUGUUAGCAUUGGAAACAAAUGGCAAAGACCAGCCGCAAUGAAGCUGUGCGCUCACGUUCAUGUUAUUUAAAGGAAAUCUGAAAUAAAAUGAGGGAAAUAAAACAUUGAAUGUAAA